AUGGAGAGGAAGAAGCCUCUGGAUUUCUCUUCUUACUUUUGUUUUGAAGCCUCCGGUGACUCUGAAGAAGCUCACCCUGAUGAUCCCAUCUUUGCUUGUGAAAUGACCAGAGCAUAUGGUGAUGAUGAAAAUGAUGAUGCUCUAUCUUGCAACUUCGAAGGAUCUGGUGCUUUUGAUGGUGCUGUGUUCGACGAGGAAGAGAAUGAGUGUUGUGAUGAUGACCAUGACGAUGAGAUUGCCAAGGUGACGCAGGAUGAGAAAAGUGGCGUUUAUGGAAUGUCAUACUGUGAAGAUGAUGACAUGGAAGAAGAACACAUGAAGUCCCAUGUUUCUUUCGAUUCAGGCCACGAGUUUGUGGAUGAGAUGGAAAAGAACAGGCUCUUCUGGGAAGCUUGCUUGGCAUCUUGA